GGGCUGCCCCUAGACGUGAGCGCCCCGGGCAGCGGCGGCCUCACCCCGCUGCACCUGGCGGCGCAGCAGGGCCACGACAUGGCCAUCAAGGUGCUGGUGGGUGCGCUCGGAGCCGACGCCAGCCGACGUGACCACGGCGGCCACCGCGCCUACCACUACCUGCGGCCCGACGCGCCCCCCGACCUGCGGGAACUGGCAGGAGCCGACGAGGGGGUAGAGGCUCCCGCGGUGGCGGCGGCAGCAGGCAGCGCUGGCACCGGGCGGCGCAAAGGCCCUCCCGGAAACGCCAACAACAACUGCAGCAUCAGCCGCCGCAGCUGGACUGCCCCGCGGUCGGCGGCGGAGCGCAGGGAGAAGGGCUCCCGAGUGACCCACAUUCAGGGAUUUUUCCGGCAGCUGUUCUCCUUCUUCCAAGACCCCUGAGGGCCUGCAGAUGCUGGCAGCGGCCCCCCUUCAUCUCCCGCUAUGUAUGGCUCUCUCCCACGGGGAAGGGAGACGAGGGCACAGUCCGAUGGGGCUCCUCCUGAGUCCUGAAGAAACCGAAUCUCUAGCCAGGAGUUUGCCGACUCCGAAGGCAGCCCCUCCACCCUCCCGGGCGGGAGUUAGAGCUGGCCGCCCCCGUGCCUCUCCCUGAUCCUCUUGGAGAAGGAGGCGAGGACGCUGCUGUUGGGGCCAGUCCUGACCUGAUGGAACUGGCCUGGGAAAUGGGUUCCCUUCGGUGCCCCAGUGAAAUUCCAGAGGAAAACCGAGGGAACGCUUUCAGGAAGAAUCGGGCCGGCAGUGGAACCCCUCCUGCAAGAACAGCUCCCACCUGUGACCUCAGAAGAAGCUGAUAGACAAGCAGGGCCCAUGAGGGCAUACAGGGGCCAGUCUCCUGCACAUUAAAAAUGGCAAUUUUCUUCUUUUCCUCUUCA